AUCCUCUUCAGCGUCCCCUUUGAGAUCUGCCAGAGUAAGUUAUUAUCUGUUUGAGCUUCACCUCUCUCGACUCCAUCAAAGUUGGCUCCUUUCUUCAUCAAAGGUCGUAGCUUUCUCGAGCUUCAAACCUUCAGUUUCUUCCUUUGUUGAUUCCGUCCCGAUACAGAGAGAUGGGUGUUGCGGUUUUACAUCCCCAGAACCACUUCGUACCCGACCCUCUCUUUCCCAGGAAGCAUAGGCUAUCACAGCCGCCGGUGAAACCACCGACCAAGGCCAAGCCCAACUCUAACCGCGGCCAUCCAAACCGCCGGAAGAAAAGCCCCGCCAAGUCCCUGGCGGCCUCACCGCCUCCUGCACCGCCGGCGAAGAACCUCGUCAUUGGUCAAGUCAGGAUUCUGAAGCGCGGCGAAGAGAUUGCCGCGCCGACUACGGCUUUGGAGCCGAAAGUCGAAACCGAAGCUAGAAGAACAGAGGAAGGCGCGGGUAGCGUGAGUCCCGCUCCCGAAUUGGCCCAAGCUCGGACCCAGAAGGCUGAGUCGGCCCGAGUCAGUCCCUGGUCAGGCCGAGUUCUGGCCGGGUUUUAUGCGGGGUCGGCCUUUAUCACGUCGCCGCCCCCGAGCUCCGUUCCGAUGCCGGCGUUUUUUACCAGAAAGACCGGCGGUCUGGACGGAUUUGCCGACCCGACGAGUGAUCUGAGGCGGCUUUUGCGGCUGGAUUAGCGUAUGACAGUGAAUUGGGCGUGGUUUGGCCGGUUUUCUAUGCGAAAGUUGGGAACUUGAUGGUGUUUCUGAGUCACGCUACACUCGAUCUUCCCUUAUUUUUUCAAGGGGGAGUGGCCGGGGUCGUGACUCAGUUUAGGCGAUCGUUGUUGUGGUGACUACUACUACGGACUCUUUUUAAGGUUUAUGUAGCUAGGCUCUAAUUUGUGUACAGCUUCGUCGAAAAAGACCAACUUUUUCCUCACUUUGGUAGGAUUCAUCCGCGUCUUCUUGUUGGGUCAAUCAAGUAUUGUGUAGCCGAAUUUAGGUUGGUGAUCAGCUUUGAUACUGUAAUUUCCUUUUCUCUUUCUCUUUUUUCUGUUUGUUGGGUUGGGAAGAUUGUAGCUUUGGAUUGCGUUGAAGAUCUAGUCUUGAGUUCUUUGUUAAUAGAGUAUGAAACGUCUGUGAUGUAGUAGCAGCAGCAGCAUCACCUUCAAUGAAGUUAUACAAUCUUUUUGUUUGUGAAA